AUGCCUCCUUUUUCGCCAGUCCCUGAACAAACCAAACGUUACGUGAUGUUUGGCGACUUCAUGAACGGGCAAAGGAUGCCACAACACUUUGAUGCUGAGAACAAGAUGAGCACUGACAGCCAGGACAUGCCAUACAAACCAUUGAUAUCGAAACCGUCUUCAUCUUCUUCGUUAUCCAUGGGCACAGCAUCAACUUCUUGCACAUCCCUCAGUUCCUCUGAAUCAUCAGCAGCGACUUUGACAUCAUCAGCUUCACCAUCCUCACACCAAAGCAAUAAAAUGAAGCGAAACGUCUCCUUUCGCCAGGAUAUAUCCGAUGUGCUGACGAUUGAGGCAAUCCAUCAUCCUCAGGAUGUUCACAAUCAAUGGUAUUCCAAGCGAGAGCUUCACAUCAUUCGCCAUAAGAUUCGUUCGUUGCUAAGGUGGCACAAUAUGCGAGACGCUCAUUACUAUCAGUAUGAAGAUCCACAAGAAGAAGAACAAGCGGAAUAUUAUGAGGAUGGCUCGCAAGACUCUCCAAGUGGUCUCCGAAACGCACCUCCACCGCCUGCACCACCCUGUGUAACCUUUUACGAGGAAUGCCUCUUCGGACUGGAAAAACAUCUCUCGCAAGAAAAGGAACAAGUCCGCGAAAUCAAAUACAAUGCGCAGAGCGUCGUCUUUGGCGAACAAGAACUGCAAAAGCAAAUGGGGCUGUAUGAUGAACAUCGUUUGGCCUACUCGUAUGCUCAAACAUCGGCAGCCUCUCAACAAGAAGCUUGGGAGAUUGCUCAACUCAAUGCCCAAGAGUCGGAACUGCACCGUCAAGAACUCGAAGCCCAACAACGCCUCCAAGAGGAACAACAGCGACACCUUCAGCAACAGCAAGAGAGGCGAGAAAGCGAGCAACGUAAGAUUGAAUCCUUUGAGACUUCGCUGUUGUCGCAAGAAGAAUGCGAUCUCGAACAUUUGUUUUUGCGAGAAGGAAGGCGUGAGAAUCCAUUGAACGUGCUCAAGAAUUGGAGAGCCUGCUUUGGCAAACUCUUUCGGCCUCGAGACGGCUGGGAGAUCGACAGCGACGAGGAUUGUCUGAAUGCUCCUCCUCGAGUGCCCAAGCGACACGGGUGCCUCUUUUCGGAUAGUAUCCAAGAAGACGAGGAGGGGGAAGACGAAAACGAAUACUAUCAUCGCUAG